UUUCGAGCCGCCGAACCGCCUGAUAUCUCAGACCAGUGCGUCACCGAGUGGUUUACGAGCCCGGUGUACUGCGUUCGUGCGAUAAUGCAGCCACCACGAAUUCUGCUUUGACGUUGACGCCCACUCAAACUUAUGAUCCAGAAGCCAUCAUGAAACGGCCCUCCGCCCUGAUUCUUCUUCUUGCUUGCACUGUGGUAACAGCGCAGCUCCGAUCGCUUCCCGUCGAACGCUCCGGCCUUUACGCCCCGCGCUUCUUCCGCCAGAAACCCCUCGUGGACCCCAUCCCCGCCGGCCCAGCAGCCAUGUCGCCCUCAGACCCAUCCGACUCCCGGCUGCCACCGCCGGCUCUGGACGGCGUGAGGCUCUCCGACGUCAUGGGCCGCGACCGGAGCAUCAACAUCUUUGCCGGCUUCACACGCGACAUCGAGUCCGCCUCCUGCCGCCUCGAUGACCAAACGCGCAACACCACCGUGCUGGCGCCGCUCAACUCCGCCGUCGAGAAGUUGCCACGGAAGCCGUGGGAAGACCCCAAGGACUAUCAGCGACUCGGGGAGAAUGUGUACGAGGGCGAUGACGGUCGCGAAAGGGCACAAAAGAAUAUCCAGCGCUUCGUUGAGGCGCACAUGGUUGAUAUAAGCCCUUGGCCUGAGAACGAGAAGGUCAAGACUUUGGGUGACGAUAGGGAUGUUUGGUGGGAGAAUAGGAACGGGACCAAGUUUAUCCAGCCUGGCAACGUUGAGGUCAUCAGCGUCGCCAGCACGGUUGCUAACGGCGAAGUUUGGAUUAUCAAGGAAGUCCGCAACUAUGUCUAAACCUUUAGAUUUGCGACGAGGGCCCAUGGCCCGUGGCUGAAUAGCUCAGAUACAAGAGUGGAUGGUCAAUAUGGCAGAGGUCGAAAUACCCGAUUGGCGCUUGGUGUGGAAAAGAUAUCUAUCGUGUCUCUCACAGCAGGGGGACAUCGCCAGAGAAUUGAUAUGCUUCUCUUGACCUGCAGAAAGCUGUGAUAUUCAAUUACCCAUGCUGACUCUACGUUCAGGUCUAGGGUUUUGCUACUCUACCUACCAUCCAGGCUGAGCCAGGUCUUUGCCAUCAAAUUUAAAGGAAGAUACAUGACGGGUAUAUGAAACUCAAAGUAAUUAGUUCGUCCACCUGGCUUUGGGAACAAUACUCGCAGAACUCCCUGCAGUGUUCGCAAUACUGAACUUUGGAU